UGACUCUGCCUUAGCCAAUCAUAAUUGCUUAUCUCGUUUUUAACCCACCUCCACACUCGCUGUGUGAGCCAGGGGUGCGUUCGGAUUACAUAGUUUAUUAAAUCUAUGCAUAGUAACGCACCGCAUUUAACUUUCAGUAAUGGUAACGGCGUUGUAACGACGGGAAAAGUAAUUAGUUAGAUUACCCCGUUACUGAAAAAAUAACGUCGUUACCUAACGCCGUUCUUUUAAACGCCAUUAUUCCAAACACUGUUUAUACCCAUAUGUACAAAUUGUGAUCAAGUCUGAGAAUUAUAAGAAUUAUAACUGAGAGGUUAUAAAGAACAAGGGUCAACACUGUAAAUAUUGACUCAUUAUAUAUUUUUUGCCACUAAAAGCUUUUAAAACUUUAAAACAAUCUACAAUUACUAAAGCAGCAAACUUUGCAAAACACAAAAUGAAUAUCACUUUUAAGUGUGUACGUAUAUAGAGAGAAAGAAAGAGAGAGAAAGAGAGCGUGCAAGAGAGAGAUAUGGUGGACAUCAUCAAAAAAGAGAUGUUGUUGCAAAGGGAAUGUUAAGUUAAUGUAAAGUUCAUUAAAAAAUAAUGUGCAUAGGUAAAAAAUUUAUAACAAAUAGUACAAUAUUCCAUCUAAAAAAAAUAAGGAAAAGAAAGAAAUGUGCAUUUUGAUUUCAUGGUGACUUUUAAGCCACAUGGCUAGUCUGGCAAAAGCAAGGGAAGUCAGUAAUGACACAAACACAUGGGCAGUUGAGUUAACGUCCUGCUUGUUUUGGUCAUUGCAAUAAGUGUUACGUUUCCAUCGGUGGUGCUAUUGAGAAUGAAUUUUAAUUCAGUAACAAAGCAACAACUGCCCUACUCACAUGCAAGUUGUACAGUUCCACAGUCCAUAUUUGAAACCUUUAGUCCCUCAUGGUCUGUUUUCCCAGAAUGCCCUGUAGCAGCUCUAAUCUCUUGGGUUCCGAGUGUGUUUACUCUGAGUUAAUGAAUGAGCUAGUGUUGGAGUGAAAGUAGUUGAGUAAAUGCUAAUCGCAUCGCUUUCCCCCCAAAUAAAGCCUCCAGUUUGGCCCUUUCCUGUUUCCUCUUAUUCCCCUUUAAUUAAAUCACCAGUAAUUAUGCUUUUAAAAGCUACUCAGAGACAAAUCACAGUUUAGGAAUGAAAUGCUCAACUAGUGCUGCCGGAAAAAUACAAGAGGGGUGGUUUAGUGUGCGAGGAGGGUAAAGCCAAUGCUGAGGUGUCAAGUGAUGUCAAUUGAGUAAACACACACAAAUGGUACGAGUGAAGGAAUCAGGAGUGAGCGAGAGAGACAGGAGGGGCCGUCCUUACUUGCUCUUCUAAGUGGGAGUAAGAGGAGGUCCAGAGGGAGGAGACAAACAGGGAGAGCAGGAUUGAGAAAGAGAGUGAGGAAAAGAAUUGGCGCAAUCUGGGACCAUGCUGUCAAGCAGCUCUCUGAUCUGGAUUGGGGCGCUGCUUCUGGGGCUUAAGGCUUCGCUGACCAGGGCAUCUGAUUUUCAGCACCAUGCUUAUGAGGAGAUGGUGAGGGCUCUUUUUGCCGUCCAAAGCGAUUGCCCCUACAUCACUCGCAUCUACAGCAUCGGUCACAGCAUAGAGGGACGGCACCUAUAUGUCCUAGAGUUCAGUGAUAAUCCUGGCAUCCAUGAAGCAUUGGAGCCCGAGUUCAAGUAUGUAGGGAACAUGCAUGGGAAUGAGGUGCUCGGCAGGGAGCUGCUCAUCUACUUAGCCCAGUUCUUGUGUGAAGAAUACCGGGCAGGAAAUGAGCGAAUCACGCACCUCAUCCACGACACACGGAUCCACAUCCUUCCUUCGAUGAACCCAGAUGGAUAUGAGGUUGCAGCCAGUCAGGGUCCAGAGUUCAACGGAUACUUAGUUGGACGUGGAAACUCAAAGGAAGUGGACCUGAACCGCAACUUCCCAGAUCUGAAUGCUCUCAUGUACUACUAUGAGAAGCACAACGGCCAAAACCACCACCUGCCACUACCAGACAACUGGGAACUACAGGUUGAGCCAGAGACUUUAGCGGUCAUAAAAUGGAUGCAGAAUUACAACUUUGUUCUGUCGGCUAACCUCCACGGUGGAGCUGUAGUUGCCAACUACCCCUUUGAUAGGUCUCGUGAGCCGCGAAUAAGAGGCAAAACUACAUACUCGGCUAGUCCUGAUGAUAAAAUAUUCAGAAAGUUGGCAAAGACGUACUCCUAUGCCCACAGCUGGAUGCAUAAGGGCUGGAAUUGCGGUGAUUACUUUGAUGAAGGAAUCACAAAUGGAGCCAGCUGGUACUCUCUGUCUAAGGGGAUGCAGGACUUCAACUACCUCCAUACGAACUGCUUUGAGAUUACUCUGGAGCUCAGCUGUGAUAAGUUUCCUCCAGCGUCAGCUCUAGCCAGUGAGUGGCUUGCCAACAGAGAGGCUCUGGUGUCCUACAUGGAGCAAGUGCACCAUGGGAUUAAAGGCAUGGUCUAUGAUGAGAACCACAACCCAAUUAGCAAUGCCGUGAUCUCUGUGGCAGGCAUAAACCAUGAUAUCACCAGCGGAACGGAUGGAGACUAUUUCCGUCUGCUAUUGCCGGGUACCUACACAGUGAAGGCUUCUGCACUAGGAUACCAAUCCUUUACCAGCACGGUAACAGUGGGACCGGCUGAAGCUGUACAGUUGCAUUUCUAUUUAAAAGUUCAACCAAAAAGGACAAACUUGCACGUAAAAUUUUAUCCCAACAAGAAAGGUGCAUCAACGGCUAAAAUUCCUCCGACCAACCUUGGCCCAAGAUAAAGAGCAAGAACUCUUCCCUCAACAUAGACAAAACAAGUCUUUGCUUUUUAAACUGAAGAACAGCAAAGGGAAACAUGGACUCUCACUGUGAAGAACCUCAUUUUACUAUAUCAUGUAGAUUCUUUGUUGUUUGUAUAAAUGCAUAAACGUGUGUUUUUCAUUGGGAAAUCCAUAUUUUGAUCUCAUGUUCUUGUGGUGCUUAAAUACAUAUGUAUGUCUUUUAACAACUUGGAGUAUAAAGAAAACGGAAAAAGUAAUGUACUGUAUAAAAAUAAAAAUAAAAAGAUAUUCCUCUGUCUAUGAAAUGAGAAAUUGAUCAUAGAUUAAUGUUUACUGGGAAUUAUGUCUGAAUAUGAUAAGAGAUCAAUCAGUAUAAGAUUAUCUCGUGAAUAAUAAUAAAGUAAAAAUGUUAUCAUUUGAAAGAUAGUAAGAUUGGUCUUUUUAAUCGAUUCUUUGGACAAUUGUUGUUUUUAGGAAUAUGAACACGUUGAUGUGUAAUGGAAUGAGCAUGUGUGAAUUUUGUAAAACUAUUGAAAUUUUCUGGAAAGUAUACUGUGUACACGGUGAUAAUUAUUUUAUCGCAUGGAUAUAUUUUAUUAUGAUUUUUAAAUGUCAAAAUGUGAUGUUUGAUUAAACAAGGCAUAUUUUGGUUUGCAAUUUGCAUGCAAAGUAAAGAUUUACUGAAAUGA